GGCUCCGAGCUGACCCUGUGGUGGGCAGUGUCGUCCGGGCGGCGCUGCGGAGACCUCCGCCCAGGACGGCUCCCCCUCCCCGGGCCUCUCCCCUCUUACCCGCGAGUCCCCUCGCCUCGUGGGCCUAUCGGAUCUGUUCCCGCGGGGUGAGGUGAGAGCAGGCCCGGGGAGGGUAGCUACGGCUGAGGAGCCGCAGUCGCGGUCAAGAUGAUAGAAGUACUGACAACAACUGAAUCUCAGAAACUGCUACACCAGCUGAAUGCCCUAUUGGAACAGGAGUCCAGAUGUCAGCCAAAGGUCUGCGGCUUGAGACUAAUUGAAUCUGCACACGAUAAUGGCCUCAGAAUGACUGCAAGACUAAGGGACUUUGAAGUAAAAGAUCUUCUUAGUCUAACUCAGUUCUUUGGCUUUGACACGGAGACAUUUUCUCUAGCUGUGAAUUUACUGGACAGAUUCCUGUCCAAAAUGAAGGUACAGCCCAAGCACCUUGGCUGUGUUGGGCUGAGCUGCUUCUAUUUGGCUGUUAAAUCAAUAGAAGAGGAAAGGAAUGUCCCAUUGGCAACUGACUUGAUCCGAAUAAGCCAGUAUAGGUUCACGGUUUCAGACUUGAUGAGAAUGGAAAAGAUUGUAUUGGAGAAAGUGUGUUGGAAAGUCAAAGCUACUACUGCCUUUCAAUUUCUGCAACUCUACUACUCACUUAUUCAAGAGAACUUACCAAUUGAAAGGAAGAAUAGCCUUAAUUUUGAAAGACUAGAAGCUCAACUUAAGGCAUGCCACUGCAGGAUCAUAUUUUCUAAAGCAAAGCCUUCUGUGUUGGCAUUGUCUAUCAUUGCACUGGAGAUCCAAGCACAGAAGUUUGUAGAGUUAACUGAAGGAAUAGAAUGUCUUCAGACACAUUCCAAGAUAAAUGGCAGAGAUUUGACCUUCUGGCAAGAACUUGUAUCCAAGUGUUUAACUGAAUAUUCAUCAAACAAGUGUUCCAAACCAAAUGUUCAGAAGUUGAAAUGGAUUGUUUCUGGACGUACUGCACGGCAAUUGAAGCAUAGUUACUACAGAAUAACCCACCUUCCAACAAUUCCUGAAAUGGUCCCUUAAUUGGAUUGUUACAGCAACAAAAAAGCUCUUCUCUGAAGCCUUUCUCCACAAUCCUGAGCUAUGGAUUCCAUGAUGUUAUAAUGAAUUUAAGCUGUGAAGCCUCAGAACAUCACAACUAGAUUAGCAUUGAUGUUCUCAGAUUUGGGAAAACUACCUAAUUAACAUGCUGUAGUGGAAUUAAAUUUAAAUUAAAUUUAAAUUCAUCUGUGAGGCAUACAAAUGAAAGCUAAGAGCAUAAAUGUGAAAUGUUAAUAACGAGCCUGAGAAGGUAAACUGUGAAUCUUCAUUUCUAACAUUAACCCAACUUUCUAUGUUGGGUCAAUAUAUUAUAUUUAGGUGGUAUCAAAAGUGGUAACCUAAUUAAAUUCUAAAUUAUGAGGUAUACAUUAAAACCAACAUUUCACAAAUGCACUUUUAAGGCAUAACAAGGGUCACUAUUCUAGGCAAUGAAAAUGGUUUCUUGGUACCUAUAGUGCAAAUAAUAGAUAAUUCUGAGAUCUAGACUUUACUGCUACUUGGGAAUUACACUUAAAUUUGAGGGCAUUUUAUAAAAGUAAAACUACAGGCCUAGUUAUUUUGGCAUAUUAAGUUAUUGUUAAUAUUUUUCCUAAAAAACUGGUCGUUUGCAUCCAUGGUAAAAUUUACACAGUAUUUGCUGCCUCCAUCUAAUCCCAUCAAGAAACUUUGUUUUUAUUGUGUUAGUAAUUCAAAAUAACUAUGCUCCAAAAACUUGAUUUAACACUCCAGAAGUUUUUACUAAGGGCUGUUUUUAUAAAAACUGCUAUUGCUUCUAACUUAGAAUUUUUAAAGGAAGAGAAUAUACUUUCACUACUUGCCCCUCCUGUGCCCAAAGAAAGUCUUUAAAAAAGUCAGUAGGCAUCCUCAUAAUUAUGAAGUUGCUAAGGUAGUAUUUGAGAUUUUCUAUUAAGUCAGUGACCGUAAGGAGAUCUACGGCAUUAAAAGUGAUGUAAACAGUUACUCAGUGCAGCAGGUAGCUUGUGUCCAUCCAGAAUGGCUGUACCCAUUUAUGACGUUAUGGGUAAAUGUGCACUGGAAAAUAAACCAAAGAACCACAAUAUAUCUUA